AUGAAAAAGCCAACCUCAAAGCGAUCGCCCAGCUCUCGCCACGGAAUCUGCGAUAACAAUGAAGAAAUCCAAGAGACCACUCAACACGUCGAGACAAUGAAUGGCAGGACACAAUACACACUGGCCAAGGCCCCGAGACGAACGGACCUCACAUACUACGACGAGAUACGGAUGACACCCACUGGCACCCUGAUCUGCCCCCCAGGUGAACGCUGUCUAUCCGAUGCCCUCGUGCUUCUGAUCAUCGGCCAAAACACGGUAGCAGCGCGCCUUCGUCACGGAAAAUGCCCAGCUGACUUUUUUCGAUGUCACGGGCGACAUCUACUGUGA